AUGCGACACGGACAAUCUGGUUGCCAGCCAGACGAAGAGCCAGAUGAGCAGCUUGUUGACGGCGCAAUGAGCCACCCCUUCCAUUGCAUUCAUUGUUGGGGCACUGAAAGAGGCUUUCUGCUGAACACGGCGUCAAGUGAACACCUUGUUUGGUACUGGUCAGCUGACAUGGCAGCAUUUCAAGCGCCCGAUCCAGCGCACGGCCAGCCGGAGAAUAGGGAGAUGAAGCUGGCCGGCCCAAUCGGUCCAAUCAGAAGAGAUCACUUCGAUUAA